CAUCCGUCGAAUUGCUCAAUGGUCGCAUUUUUGAAUCGUGCCGUUGAAUCAUUUGACCGUAAUAGCAAGUAACAAUAUACAAUUGGGGCCUUCCCCACGGCCGGCCAAAUUGAUGCUGCUCAACUGCCAUAGCCGCCGCCAUGGAUCCACACAGCCAGACCACUUCACUACAACGACUCCAAAACGUCGAGAAGAGAAUCGUGAGGGUUUUGGAGCUUGCCGGCGGAGUAAUGGAGGAAAUGGCCAGUCCCAGUGGCCCCAGAAAGGAGCUAGUUAACAGCAAUUGCACUGAUUUCAUGCAAUUAGUCAAGGAUAUUCAGAUGACGCUGAGGGAGGAAAUUAAGAGUGCUUGCGAGUACCGUCCAUUUGAGAAGUGUGACUAUGUUCCGAGAAUAUCGAACGAGAUUUGUUGCAAGAAAUUGGAAUAUGUCAUAUCUCAGCUUGAUGAGAUGAAGCAAACAAUUGAGGGGUAUGGUGAUGCUGUUUGAGGUUUGUGAUGUGUGAAACUGUGAUGAUUGGACGCGUUCCAGUGUUCACAAAGAUAUUCAAUUACCAUUUUCUAUCCGACCACUUCGGAAUGAUGAUUUUGGUUUGUCGGACGGGAUUUUGAGAUACAUUUAUGGCUUUAAAAUGCUUCUUGAAAUUUUAGUCCUUCCAUGACACAUAGCACCAUGUGGCACUUCGGAUAUAUAGUGUAACUUCAUAUAUCGAAUAAACCUGGUGUUCAUUCAAAUAACUUAUGAGACAACUUGAAACUAUGUGUUCUUCCACUUAACAUGAAUAAAUGUGUAUUUGUUAUAAUUUUGACCGAUGAAAGUAUUAUAACCGAUGUGUACAAAAUGAAUUUUGACCUCUUAACG